AUGGGCGCAAGUCAUGAGCUCGAGCGGGUGGUGACGCUUCUCAGGGCGUGCGACCGCCUUGACGCGGGGAGAGAGGCGCACGGUUUCAUCCGCAGCAGCCCCAGGCUAUCCGGCAACAAGUAUGUCGCCAAUCUUCUCAUCCAGAUGUAUGGCGGCUGCGGCAGCGCUCGCGACGCAAAGGAGGUUUUUGAUGGCAUCCAGCACCCAAACAAGUUCUCGUGGAAUCUCAUGAUCCAUGCCUAUGCCCGGAACGGGUAUCUGCAGCAGGCGAGGAGUUUGCUGCAGCAGAUGCCGGAUCCCACAAUAGUGGCGUGGAAUUCUGUUCUCGCAAUGUACACACACAACGGCCUUUUGGAUCAGGCGAGAGAGGUUUUCGACGAGAUGCCGGAGAAGAACUCCGUGUCAAGAAUCACAAUGCUCUCUGCAUAUGCCCGUGCAGGGCAUCUGGAAGAAGCAGAGGAAUUGUUUGAUCAGAUUAACGAAAAGGACAGAGUGGCCAGGAAUGCCAUGAUUGAUGCAUAUGCACAGCACGGAUUUUUAAAAAAUGCCAAAGAAUUAUUUGACAGUAUGUCUGAGGGAGAGAGAGAUGUUGUCACCUGGACGUCCAUGUUUUUGGCUUAUGCCCAAAGCGGGCAUAUUGAGCAAGCAAAACGCCUGUUUGAUUCCAUGCCGUACAAGAACGUUGUCUCCUGGACAGGCAUGGUGCGAGCAUUUUCCGCGCAUGGCCACUUGGAUCAAGCAAGAAAAGUUUUUGAUAAUAUCCCAGAAAAGAAUCCAAUCUCUUGGAACACAAUAAUCUCGGGCUAUGUGGAUGCCAAGCUUUUAGACGAGGCAAAGGAGCUUUUUGAUGCUAUGCCGGCGAAAAUCAAAACUAUUGUCACCUGGAAUCUAAUGCUCAAGUCCUACUCCCAGGCUGGGCUCACUCAAGAGACCGAGAGGAUCUUUCGCAAGAUGCCGUGGUGGGACGUUGUCUCGUGGUCGGCCAUGGUGACGGUAUAUGCCGAGUCCAAGGAUCUGGAAAAUGCCCAAGAGAGAUUCCAUAGCAUGCCCGAGCACAACCUCGUCACGGCGAAUGUCUUGCUACAAGCAUACGCUCUGCAAAGCAGCGUAGAAGCUACAAAAAGAUUCUUUGACGGGCUACCGUACCACGACGUUGUGACGUGGACGGUGCUGAUCCAGUCCUACGGGCACCAUGGAGAUGUGGGACUGGCCAUGGCCACCUUUGAUUCCAUGCCCGUGGAACCCGAUACGUUAGCUAUCAAUGCCGUGUUCCUUGCAUAUGCCGAGAAUGGGCAUCUUGAAGAAGCGAAGACUUUGUUUGACAAGAUGUCUUAUCAAGACAUUGUGAUUUGGAACGCUAUGAUGGAUCUGUACGCGCAACUUGGAUUCUUGCUUGAGGCUAAGAAAAUGUUUCUUGAAUGCCCAGAUCGAAGCGUGGUAUCGUGGAACACUAUCAUCUCUGCGUAUGCCCACAAUGGGUAUCUGUGGGAAGCACAGCGAGCUUUUGAUUCGUCUCCACUCGUGAGCAACGUCUCGUGGGGUGCGAUUCUCGCGGCGUAUGCCCAACGAGGGCAUGCCGACGAGGCGAUUUUGGUGUUCCACAGCAUGGUGGUGGAAGCAUUUUUGCCGGAUGAUCUCGGGUUUGGGAGCGUUCUCACCGCUUGCGGUCGCGAGGGAUUGCUGGAAAAAGGCUGGUCUUGCUUCCAGUCCAUGAGCUCCGAUUUUGGCAUCACUCCUUCGAGCCAGCACUACUGCUGCAUGGUGGAUGUUCUCGCGCGGAGCGGGGAGAUUCAUCGAGCCGAGGAGCUUGUCCGAGCUAUGCCAGGCGAUCCAGGUAUUGUAGCCUGGGGAAGCUUGCUGGGCGCGAGUGAUAUUCAAUGUGAGAUGAAUAGACGAGCGCUCACCGCUGCUCGGGAGCUCUCCGGCUUGGAUCCAAGCAUCGCGGCACCUUACAUGAUGCUUGCCAACAUCUUCACCAAGAGCAAAAGAUUUUGA